UAACAACAACCUACAAACUAUUAGCUAACUCAUAUUUUCUUAAACACAAAUACAGUGUCUUUACAAAAAUCUUGAAGAAGAAAAUCAAGAAAGUGUUAGAACUUUGGGUUUAUUGUUUGAGAUUUAAUUGUUUGUGAAGAAGCUUUUAUUACAAAAUAUGGAGAAAAGAUUGAAUCUUAAGGCAACUGAACUUAGAUUGGGUUUGCCAGGGUCAGAGGAAGAAUUUGAUCACCAACAAAUUCUGUCCAAUUCCAAGAAUAACAAAAGGGCUUUACCUGAAUCUGAAGAGGAUGAAUCAGAUUCAGAUUAUGAAGCCACAACACCCCCUGUUGCCAAGGCACAAAUAGUGGGGUGGCCACCAGUGAGAUCUUACAGGAAGAACACCAUACAAAUUACCACAAAGAAAACAGAAGCUCAUCAAGAAUCUGGAAUUUAUGUCAAAGUUAUCAUGGAUGGAGCCCCUUUUCUUAGAAAAAUUGAUCUUAAAUUGUACGAGUGUUACACUGAGCUUCUUAAGGCAUUGGAGAACCUGUUCAAACUCAAUAUAGGUGAAUAUUCAGAGAGAGAAGGCUAUAAAGGGUCAGAAUUUUCUCCUGCUUAUGAAGAUAAAGAUGGUGAUUUGAUGCUUGUUGGAGAUGUUCCUUGGGAAAUGUUCAUGUCAUCAUGCAAGAGGCUGAGGAUAAUGAAAGGAUCAGAAGCAAGAGGCUUGGGAUCAUGUGGACUAUAAUGUAUAUGAAAAAUCCCACACACAAAUUUAAAAUUGAUUUUUUUUUUGUUUUUUGAAAUAUUGUAAUCAAACAGAAGUGCAGAAAAAAAAGGAGAAACUUAUACUAUAAUUACAGGUACCAUUUUUGUUGUUCUUGCUGUAACAUCAUAUACAUAUAGCAGGAAAUAAAACGUGGUGGUUUAUAA